UUCCCUUUUUUUUUUAUAUUGACUGAGUCGCUGCUGUCGCUGUGAAGCAGGACGGAUCUUCACCUCCGCUCUUCACCUCCGCUCUUCACCUCUCCAUCAUCUUCAUCAUCUUAUCACCACAGGACCAGUGCUCUGCCUGUCAAUGGCCCUCCAGUGGCUGAGCUUCAGCACUGCAGUGUUGCUGCUGUUGGUGCACGUCGCCCCGGCCCUCACACAGAGUCCCUGCAGCACGGGACCCCCAGGGAUCCCUGGGAUACCUGGAAUUCAUGGGCCCAACGGCAGAGACGGUCCCAAAGGAGAGAGGGGAGAUCCAGGUGAGUCCAGCCUGCAUCUCAUGGGUCUGAAGGGGGCACCAGGUCUUAACGGCCCCCCGGGUCGGCCUGGGCUGAAGGGGGAUAUGGGUAUGCCGGGCCCCCCUGGGUUUCCAGGUGCCCUGGGGCUGAAAGGAGAACCCUUCAGCGCCUCCGGCCAAGAGAAACCCUUCUUCUCCAGAAAACGAAGCAGGCUUGAAUCACAAGAGCUCGACACGGCCAUCACCUUCACCAGUGAGAUUACGUCAGAAGUGGAUCAAGAGCUUUACGGACAAUCUCUGACUGACGGGAGUUUCACAUGCGUCAUCGGAGGAAUCUAUUUCUUCAGUUACCACAUAUCAGCGAAGAGUCGAGUUUGUCUGAAGCUGAUGAAGGACUCUGCCGUUCACUUGAUGAUGUGCGACAUGUCUGAAGGUUUCCUGGUCACCUCCGGCUCUGCGGUCCUGGAGCUGAACGCCGGAGACAAGGUCUCCCUCCAGGCGACCAGGUUCAACAGCCUGACGUCCCAGACCAGCACCAGUCACACCUUCACCGGCUUCCUCGUCUUCCCCACGGCCUGAAGAUCCACGGUCACAGCGAAUAAAAGACUUUCAGUGACGUGUGCAGCAGAGAAAUCAAGCGUGUGUUGCAUGUUUUAACUAAAUACACUUAUUAUGAAGUAGAAUCAUUUCAAUUACUGGUUUGAGUUUAGUGGAAGGAUUGGACAACCGAUGAGUGAUGGGAUUUUCUUACAGUUUUUAAAUUUAAAAUAUGGCUCAUGUGUAAUCCACAACUCUCGGGGAGAAAAACACAAAAAGUAAAUUCAGAACAGUUAGAAACGAUGUGUUUUCAUAUUCUGGGGGUUUUAUAAAAACGAUUUUCAGUGUAUUUUGUCGCUUUAUAUGUUUUGUUAAACCGAUAAAGAAACUUUUCUUCA